AUGCCGCUGCAGGGACUUGCCGUCUUGCCAGAGCCACAAGGUGGUCAUGAGCAUCACAUAGGCUCUAAUCAGACGAAGAGACGCGCAUUAAGGCCAUGGAGCAAUUUAUUGAGCAUAUGGCGAGGGCAGGUGCGCAUGCCGUUGCUGGUAUUGAGUCAGUGGAACUCUAAUAAACAGAACACGGUACAGCUUACAUCCAAGAAGCAAGGCUGGCGCGACUCGUCGGCAACACUGGUAGAGAGAUAUGGCAAGUGUCGGGAAAUAGUGAGCUGGGGGAAGUUCGGCAUCGUGUUCGUCUCGUGCAAGAAAAAGGAUAAUGGCGCAGGCGAAGAACUAUAUGCAGUCAAAAUGUUCAGGCGCCAGCCGAAGGAGACAGAACGAAUGUGCAUAAGACGUUCGACGGCUGAGUUUUGUGUUUCAAGCGCGCUAUGGCAUCCAAAUGUAAUAGGCACGCUCGAUUUGCUUGAGAACGAAAGAGGUAACUACUGCGAAGUAAUGGAGUUCUGCUCUGGUGGCGACUUGCAUAACUUGAUGCGUUCGGUGGGCAAGUUGAAGUGGCAGGAAGCGGACUGCUUCUUCAAACAGAUGAUACGCGGCGUCGAGUAUAUACAUAAGAUGGGAGUCGCACAUCUCGACCUUAACCCUAAGAAUUUUCUACUCACAGGCGAUGGCUUGCUAAAGAUCAGUGGCUUUGGCCGCAGCGAAUGUGUCCGCCUUGCUUGGGAGAAUGAUGCUCACAUGGUUUCUGGGAUCCGUGGCUCGGGUCCGUAUAUCGCUCCUGAAGAAUAUACCGAUGGAGAGUUUGAUGGUCAUGCAGUGGAUAUCUGGGCUUGUGGGAUUGUCUACAUGGCCAUGAUCACGGGUUGUCCCCUGUGGCGCACCGCGAAGAAAAGCGAGGAUUCAUCCUACGCACGAUACCUGAAGGAACGCCGGCAGCAGGAGGGUUUUAGCCCAAUCGAGUCCUUACCCCGAUUACACAAUCGAAAUACCAUAUAUUGCCUCUUGGACCCCAAUCCGUCCAGCCGGCCUACGGCAUCACAUGUAUUGAGAUCCGAAUGGGGACAGGAGAUCAAACUUUGCAAGGCUAACGAGUGUUUUUGA